AUGCCGCGUGGUGUCAAGAAGGAACAUUUGCCUACCAAAACGUGCGUUGUCUGUCAUCGACCCUAUACCUGGCGCAAGAAAUGGGAGAAAGUAUGGGACGAAGUCACCACCUGCUCCAAAUCCUGCAACGCCAAGCGACGGACGCUAGCCCAGCAGGCCAAGCGAAACCGAUCCAACGACACGGCAGAAUCGCACCCGGACAGCGAUAUUUUAAACACGUCCGUACCCGAACCUCACCAAUCCAACGAUACGGAUGCCCUCUUGAUGGAGUUGUACAAUGAAACGGAUCGGAUCGAGGACUCACGCCGCGACGAUCGGGAUGAAUCGGACACUGCCAAAGACCUCGCCAAGGCGGCACGAAAGGCUGCCAAGAAGAAAGCCAAGGCUGAACGCCGUGACCAACGUCAAGGGCGAGCCGACCCUUCCUACGGACGAAAAGAAUGCACACAGUGCCACCAGAGUGUGGAUCUACUCAUUCGAUGCGUCGUGGACGCUUCGGGGGACUGGGAAAUGGUCUGCGGACGCUGCUGGAAAAGUGUGAGUGGAGGGGUUGUCGACGGAGACGCGGAUCAUCCACACUACCGCUACGGUGGAUUAUGGAAGAAUCGGGCCCGAAAGUGA